CGGCGAUGCGAGUGAAGAAGGUGGCAGUGGCGCUGCUGACUGCAGCUGUCCUUUCUCUUGUCACCCUUGCCGUCAGGCGCCUCUUCCACAGCCCCGACAUCACACAGCCUCCCGAUGAGGUUCAGAAGGAAGAUGGUACCUCGUGUGAUGCUGGGCGCUGGUCCGAUUGGUCACUGUGUGACAAAAAGUGCGUGAGGCACAGGCGGCGGCUGCAGUCGCAGUAUGACCAGCUGCAGCCACUUUGCGACCCCGUCGUGCAGCAACAGACCUGCCCAGCAGCAUGGUGUACCCCAAGCCAACAAAGCAUGCACUCAGAAGACUGUGCUACGCCCUGGAGUAACUGGUCACCGUGCUCUGCCACCUGUGGUAUUGGAUAUCGGGUUCGGUCGAGGGAAGGGACAUCCAAUGGCCCUUGCAUCCUGCACGAGUCUGAGAAGUGCGCUGACUUGCCACCGUGCCCUUUAAUCACCUGUGACAGCCCGCACCAAGCCACCAAUCUUGACGACAUGUACUUUGCGAAAGGAUACGCCAAAACUGCGUGGCGUGGUGAAUACAUGGGCAACCCCGUCGUCAUCAAGCGCCCAGUCACGGAGAGUGAUCUGCAUCUGCAGCGAUUCAUGGCAGGCAUGCAGGCGGAAGCCAAGUGGCUGCAAGAACUCUCUCCGCUCUCCCAACACAUCAUGCGCUUCUACGGCUCCUGUGACCAGGGAGAGCACCCGUUCUCUGUUGUGGAGGGCAACCUGGCCAAGUUUGAUUGGCUGUCGCGGGUGCUGGAGAUGCUCAAGUCGUCGGAGAAGGAUGUGUGCGGGGCAGCCGGAGGGGCGGCGCAGCUGUCGCAACAUGACCGCGAGGUGCUGCACAAGGCGUUUGCCGCCAACAUGCGGUCCAGCCACGACCGUUGCAAGAAGAGAUACUGUUGA